AUGGUCCUAAAGAAGAACUCCGGAAGUUUAAACAACGUACCCUUGCAAUGUGGCUACCGCUUCACUGCAAGGGGAAACUGUCUGCUAGACCAACCGAGAAAUCAGAUUCUGGGACCAGAGGAGCUUCCCGGACAGAGUUAUGAUGCUGUCCGUCAAUGCAAACUUGCCUUUGGGCCAACAUAUACUGUGUGUCCUGGGAUGGAUGUCUGCUCACGUCUAUGGUGUGCGGUUGUUCGUCAAGGUCAGAUGGUUUGUUUAACCAAGAAGCUGCCUGCAGUAGAGGGAACACCUUGUGGAAAAGGACGCAUAUGUCUGAAUGGGAAGUGUGUGGAUAAAACCAAGAAGAAGUACUACUCGAUUUCCAGUCAUGGAAACUGGGGGUCUUGGGGACCAUGGGGUCAGUGUUCUCGCACAUGUGGAGGAGGAGUUCAGUUUGCCUAUCGUCACUGUAAUGACCCUGCCCCAAGAAACAGUGGAAGAUACUGCACAGGGAAGCGUGCAAUCAACCGAUCGUGCAAUGUUAUCCCAUGUCCAUCUAAUGCUAAAUCAUUUCGGCAGCAGCAGUGUGAAGCCAGGAACGGUUAUCAGACUGAUGCGAAAGGUGUGAAAACAUAUGUUGAGUGGGUUCCUAAGUACGCAGGAAUACAGCCGGGAGAUGUUUGCAAGCUCAUAUGUCAAGCCAAAGGAACUGGAUAUUAUGUUGUCUUUUCUCAAAAGGUGACCGAUGGCACUGAAUGUAGGCCCUACAGCCAUUCUGUCUGUGUUAAAGGAAAAUGUGUGCGCACGGGAUGCGAUGGAAUAAUAGGGUCCAAGCUGCAGUUUGACAAAUGCGGAGUAUGUGGAGGAGACAAUUCCAGCUGUACUAAAGUAAUGGGCACCUUCACAACCAAGAGCAAAGGUUACACGGAUAUUGUAAAAAUUCCAGAGGGAGCUACCCAUAUCAAAGUGAAGCAAUACAAGGCCAAAGAUCAGACCAAGUUUACAGCUUACAUGGCAUUAAAAAAGAAGACAGGAGAGUAUGUCAUCAAUGGGAAAUACAUGAUCUCUACUUCUGAGACUGUCAUCGAAACAAAUGGGUUUGCCAUGAACUAUAGCGGUUGGAGCCAUGCCGAAGAUUCCUUCCAUAGUAUGGGCCAUUCAGCCACCAAGGAGGUGCUCAUCGUACAGAUUCUAGCAACUGAUAUGGCUAAACCUUUAGAUGUACGCUAUAGUUUCUUUGUACCGGCCAAACAAAGUACCACCACAAACACCAUAAACAAUAAUGUUGUUCCCCAGAGUAAUCAGCCACAGUGGGUGACCGGCCCGUGGCUUUCCUGCUCUAGAACAUGUGACACGGGCUGGCACACCAGAACUGUCCAGUGCCAAGAUGGACAAGGGAAGUUGGCAAAGGGAUGUCUACUUUCUCAAAGACCAUCGGCAUUUAAGCAGUGCUUACUCAAGAAGUGUUAACCAAAGGAUAAACGUUGUCUUCAACGACACAGUUCUAACAACUGUGUAUAAGUAGAUCUAGCAAGACAGAUGUUAAGGUUUAGUUAAGGUUUUGUAUGAGCUCAAACAACGUAAGGGCUCUACAGAAUACGGGCCUCAAAGGGAGAUACCCUUUAAGACAAUAUAUUCGGGCUGUCCAGCAGACCUCGAACGUCAGCGUAGAACAUCAUGCGGAACCUCAGCAAGUAGGUGAUGGUAUGGAAACAGGUUUUGUUCAUGUCACAUCGACAUCACCUACCUCUCGAGAAGAAAG